AACGCGCUUCGCCGUCGUCCUCGGUGUUGACUUCAUGUAUGUGUGGCUGCGUAUGUCGCCUCCUUUCCUUCUCUAGUUUACUUCAUUUCCCUCCUCUGCUCUCCUCCAGCUCCGGCAGCAGAAUGGCAGCGGCGGCCCCUAACCCGGAGGACUCCUCCAGGAGCGGCGGGAGCGGCGGCGGUACCGGUACACCGAGCGCUCUGGCCGGGGACGGGGACGCGGAAGAGGCCGAGGACUUCACCUCGUCCUCCCACUGCUCGGAGCUGUCUCGGCGGCAGAACGAGCAGAGGAAGCAGGGCUUGUUCUGCGACGUGACGCUGGCCUUCAGCAGCGGGGCCGCGUCCGGGAGCGUCCAGACCUGCGAGUUCUCAGCCCACAGGUCCGUCCUGGCCGCGGCCACAGACUACUUCACCCCUCUGCUGGGAGGACAGUUCUCCGAGUCCAUUUCCGGACGGGUCGAGAUGAAAGAGUGGAGCUCCGAGCUGGGGCCGGACCCGGAGACGGUGGAGAGCGUCAUCCAGUACAUGUACACCGGAGAAAUACGAGUCAGCACCUGCAAUGUGCAUGAAGUACUGGAGCUGGCGGACAGGUUCCUCCUACUGCAGCUGAAGGAUUUCUGUGGCGAGUUUCUGAAGAAGAAGCUGAGUUUGACCAACUGCGUGGCGGUGCACAGCCUGGCUCACAUGUACACCCUGGACCAGCUGGCUCUACGGGCCGCAGAUAUGAUUCGCCGCAACUUCCACAAGGUGAUCCAGGACGAGGAGUUCUACACGCUGCCCUUUCACCUGGUCCGUGACUGGCUGUCCGACGCGGAGAUCACAGUGGAUUCCGAGGAGGUGCUGUUUGAAGCUGUGGUGAAGUGGGUGCAAAAGAACCCAGAGGAGCGAAGCCGGUACUUUGAGGAGCUUUUCCGUCUUUUGAGGCUGCCGCAAAUAAAACCCACGUACCUGACCAGGGUGGUGAAAAACGAACGUCUCGUGGCUGCAAACGAGGCCUGUCUCAGGCUGGUGUCCGAGGCCGUUGAGGGGCACGCCAUCCGCUUUGAGAACCUGAAGUCAGCUGACAUGGAGUUCUGGUCUUCACACAUGGCCUCCUUUCAGCCACGUUUUGGCCAGAACAUGGACGUUAUCAUGGUAGUGGGAGGGGUUUCAGAAGGAGGAGACUACCUGAGCGAGUGUGUGGGCUACUUCAUAUACGAGGAUCGCUGGGUCAACCUGCCACACAUACACAACCACCUGGACGGCCACGCCAUCGCUGCUACUGAAUCCCACGUGUACGUAGCCGGGUCUAUGGAGCCUGGCUUUGCUAAGACAGUCGAACGUUACAAUCCCAAUCGCAACACCUGGGAACAGGUGAGCAACCUGACCACACGCAAGCACUCCUUUGGCCUCACUUGCAUUAAGGAUAUCUUGUACAGCAUCGGCGGCCACGGAAACUUCAGCCCGGGUUUCAAAGACGUCAGCGUGUAUGAACCUGAACAGGACAAGUGGCACAAUCUGGAAUCUGCUCCCAAGAUCCUGCGGGAUGUGAAGGCAGUGAGCGUGGAAGACCGCUACGUGUACGUUACAGCACGCACACCUGUUGACACGGAUAAUGAGGACGGACUGAAGACUGUGACCACUCGCUAUGACACAGAGAGUCGCCAGUGGCAGGAUGUCGACUCCUUACCGCUUAUUGACAACUAUUGCAUUUUCCAGAUGGCUGUGGCCUCCACAAACUUCUACCACACGGCUUCUUGCUGCCCUAAAAGCUACACAGUGCGGGAUGAGGUUGCCAGACAGAAGAUCAGUGUGCGUAUAUCUGAUGAGAUCCUGGAGAGUCUCCCACCAGAGGUCACCAGUAUCGAAGGAGCUGCCAUUUGCCACUUUGACGAGGACGUCUUCAUCAUCGGAGGCUGGAAGAACAGCGACGACGUGGACAAGCAGUACCGCAAGGAGGCCUACCGCUACUGCGCCGAGAGAAAGCGCUGGAUGCUCCUUCCUCCGAUGCCUCAGCCUCGCUGCCGAGCCACCGCCUGCCACGUUCGCAUCCCCUACCGCUUCCUGUACGGCUGCCAGCGCUACCCCAUGCCCCAGAACCUGGCCCGUCAGCGAGACCGCAUGCAGCAGAUGCAGCAGCUUCACCGGCGCACCCUCACCCUGCGCAGGCAGCUCCAGUCGCAGAUCGAGUGCUGAGCAAGUGACAUGUCUGCUCCAUCCUAGAACUACACAGCCACCAUUUCAUUCUAGUCGUCACCUCUGACCGCCACUCAUGUAAAAGAUGCUGCAGCAGGUCUUGUGUUACAUUCAUACCUGGUUUUCAUCAAACUGAACUCUGUGCCAUCGGGUUUCCUGUUGUGUUGUGUUAGCUGCUGUUUGUUGAAAGCCAUGAAAUGUGUGGGCAGGCGCUCACUGACCAGCUGGUGGUCUGUGUGGGGGGAUAUGGCAAAUGUAAACAUGUGAAUAAGAGUGUUAUAUAGCAGCCAACAACUGAAUAUCCUUUAGUCAUGUUGGUCAAGAUGACGAUUUUCUGUUUGUACAUAAAAGCUAUAUAUGUAAACAUUUAUAUUAAUAUUUUACAUUCCGUUAUUUUACGCCUGUGUUGGGAGGACUGUGUGACAUUAGUAUAACCACAUUCUCUCAUUUAAUUCUUACACUUAAUGAAGUUUCAUUCCAUAGUAACACUGUGACAAUCUCUUCAUGCAAGAGUCAAACUCUAUAUCAUAAUAUUAUUGCUCUGUUAUUGUAGAAUGGCUCUGCUUGUUACUUUGCAGCCUUAAGACCUAAAUAGAAAUCGUUCCAGAGAGGCUGUUAUCUUUAAAUUCCUGUAGACUAGUUUGCUUUUAGACUCAGCGGUUUCACUACAACGCUUGUACAGAGAAUAUUUCUGUAAUUCUACUUGUUCAUGUAAUGCUCGAGUGGACUUUGUUUAGUUUUCUUACAGGACGAAGUGGGAGGAUUGUAAUUUCCAGACAAGACGCAUAAAAAAAAAAAAGAAAAGUGAAACGAUGUAAUGAAAUCAUUCCUAUGAAUUACAUUAAUACUAAAAUACUCUAUUUGGCCAUUGCAUCAAGCACUAAUCAUAGGCAAUGGCUCAGUUAUUCCUUUCAUUUGCACUUUGGCAAGUUAUUCCUCAGUGUGUUCCUCCUCAUUCAAGAAAGAUGCUUAUAUAAAAUGUGUAGAAGUGUGCUUGUGGGAGUAUGUGUUUCUCCAACAAAUGGCAAUGGCUUCUUUCUAACUGCACUUUGUGACAGCUAAUUGUUUGUAAAGUCUUACAGAAGCAUAAGGAUUUACGUUGCCACUGCACUUUGACUUGACGCUUAUUCAUUUGUUUUGUAUCAGACAGGGUGAUUGUAUUUGGGAAUGCUUCGUUUUAUCCGGCUUCAGACCAAUAACUUAAACAUGUCUUUAUUUGUAGCUUUGUUUCCCCACAUUAAAUGUCUUGUAAAGUCCUGUGUUAUUGUAAUUCACUACCAGAUGGGUGUAUAUUAGAGAUCUGCUAUGUUGUUCCGUGGACCCUUUUGCCCUCCAAAGAUACCUAGAAAUGAAUUGAAACUGAAUCCGAUUCAAAGGGAAUGUUGUGAGAAUGAGAUGUAGCUGACAUUAAGAAAUUCCUACUGCCCGUGCAGCGCCUUUUACAGCAUAAAGGUUACAGAGCGCAGAAAUGAUAUUCAUUUCCACUUUAUGACCAAAUUAAAUAGCACUGCAAAUAUCAAGUGGAAUAAGCUAUGUACUUUGCUUUGCAUGUGAUAGUCUGACAUUAUGUCCUUAAAUUGGAUGUAAGAAAUGUUAUUGUCAUCACUUGCAAUUAAAGUUGUUUUGUAAGAGAAA